UGUAUUGUACUGCAGUUACUAUACAGUAGUCAAUGUAAACAGUGCUGUAAUUAUCACUGAAAGAGAUCUCAUUUAGUGAUAAACAGGUCUUUUGUCCGCAUCGCUGGUCCUGUCGUCGAGUUAUCAUUGAUUAUAGUUGUCGUUGUUGUCGAUCACUGAACCCAUUGUCCGCCAAUACACUGAUGAGGAAGUGGUGAGUGAUAUCACUACUCGCGAGUGAAGAGACCACUGGCUGUGAAGUAAUGGCCCACCGGAUGGACAUCGAUAUGGAGGCGGAGCUGAAGACUGUGUUCGCCUCAGCGAUGAUCCAAUUGGACGAAGAGUGCCAUCCGAUGAGUUCGCUGUCCGACGAUUGCUAUCGAUUCGUUCAAAACGAUUUGUACGUCAAUUGUUUCCCAAUCUUCGACGACCUCCGAAGAAGUCACAAACUGUGCGACAUAUCUAUCAAAGUGGACAACCAGUCAUUUCUGGCCCAUCGGGUGGUCCUCUCGGCGACCAUACCAUACUUCUACGCCAUGUUCACGAACGACAUGCUGGAGAGCACGCAGACAGAGGUCCGCAUUCAGGACAGCAUCGAGUCCACGGCGAUGGAAGCGCUGCUGGAGUUCGCCUACACGGGCCGCGUGACCAUCACCACCGGCAACGUCCAGUCGCUGCUGAUCGGCGCCUCAUUCCUCCAACUCUUCGCCGUUCGCGACGCGUGUUGUGAUUAUCUGAAGCUACGGCUCAACACGAAUAACGUGUUGGGCGUCAAGUCGUUCGCCGACUCCCUGUCCUGUCAUACGCUCGUCGAGGCGUCCAAGAAGUUUAUACGCAAACACUUCCGAGAGGUGUCCAAAUCGGAUGAGUUCUUGUCGCUGGACUUCGCGGAGAUAAUCGAAAUCAUCACUAAAGACGAGCUAAACGUCUCGGGCGAAGAGGACGUGUUCAACGCCGUCAUGGCGUGGAUUAAGCGCGACGUGGACUCCAGGGAACAGCUAUUGCCGCAACUGUUGACCAAUGUUCGACUGCCGCUGCUGUCGCCCGAAUUCGUGGCCGAUUACGUGAUCACCGAAGAGCUGAUCCGUCGGUCGCACUCGUGUCGCGAUCUGGUCGACGAGGCGAAGGACUACCAUCUGAUGCCUCAGCGGAGGCCACUGUUGCAGUCGUUUCGCACUCGUGUCCGCUGUUGUAACGACAUUCAGGGCCUGAUUUACGCCGUCGGAGGGCUCACGAAGAAUGGCGACUCUCUCAGCACUGUUGAGGUCUAUAAUCCGCAGACCAGUCACUGGAAAAUGGCCGAAGCGAUGACAAUGUUGAGGUCGAGGGUCGGCGUCGCCGUCAUGGCCUCCAAACUGUACGCCAUCGGCGGUUAUAACGGAAGCGAACGCCUGAGUACUGUCGAAGUGUUUGACCCGAAGAACAGGAGUUGGGCUAAAGUAGCGCCAAUGAACUGCAAACGGAGCGCUGUCGGUGCGGCCACUCUUCACAACAUGCUAUACGUUUGCGGCGGUUAUGACGGCGUCUCGUCGCUCAGUACCGUCGAGUGCUAUUCGCUGGACCGCAACGAGUGGUCAAUGGUUACCUCGAUGUCCAGACACCGGUCGGCCGCCGGUGUGGUGGCCUUCGAGGGCCAGGUCUACGCUCUCGGCGGUCACGACGGGCUGUCCAUAUUUGAUUCGGUCGAACGCCUGGACCCGCAGUCCGGCAAAUGGAGUUUUAUGGCACCGAUGCGGACAAAGCGGUGCCGUUUAGGUGUGGCCACACUUAAGGGCAAGAUCUAUGUCUGCGGCGGUUAUGACGGCUCGACUUUCUUACAGACGGCCGAAGUGUACGAUCCGAAGACCGAAGAGUGGAGUUUCAUAGCGCCAAUGAAUGUAAUGCGAAGUCGUGUGGCAUUAGUGGCCAACUGUGGACUCCUAUACGCCAUCGGAGGCUAUGACGGCGUUUCAAAUCUAAGUACUGUUGAGGUCUAUAACUUGGAGAAGAAUUGCUGGGAUUUUACCACUUCUAUGGCCGCACACGAAGGAGGGGUUGGCAUGUCAUUAGAUUUUGUACACAUCAAUGGUAUGGGCUAUGAAGUGAUCGGCCGUUAG